AACUCGACUACGGAAUUAGCCUCGAGUAUGGAGCGUCUUGAAGCUCUCGCUGUACUUGAUAAAUUUGCCGCAACACGGCAAAAGAAAUUUGUUCCCACACUUCCUAUUAUUCGAGGAGUAAAUGAUGGAAGUAGUGGUGAUAAGGAAUUAAUUCCAAUUGUUGAUACCGGGAUUGCUCCUGAAGGCCACGAUCAACCCGUCGAUUAUCCGUCACCACCGGUUGAUUGCAACUCAUUUUUUACCAGAGACGCUUACGAGAAAUAUUCGUUUUAUUCAUUUCGUCGAGCAUGCGAGAUUUUUUCUAUGCAUCAAGAAAAAAAAGAUAUAUCCAUCCAAAAACCUGAUAACGUUAUUGAUAAAUCACAAAUAAAUGAGCAAAUCACGAGUCCAAUUAAAAGUGAUGAUGACUUGAUUAUGGAUGAUCAAUGUAGUGAAGAAGAAUUGGAUGAGAUAAAGACAAAGUCAAAACUGGCUGUACAGGUGGGGUAUAAUUCGAGCUUUCCCACUUUAAAAAGGACGACUGAUUUGACCUCAAUAAAAAGCUCGAAAACUACUUCAUUACUGUCCGUUAAGGAAACAUCCACAGGACCUCCUUUAAAUUCGAAACAGGAAUUGUCUUCAUCAUCUACAAAGGCUGUAUCAAGUAAAGUUGUAUCAGAAAAGCAAUCUGAAGAGGUUGAAUCACAAGAGUCUGUAGAUGUAAUUGGACCAUUCUUACAACUGCUUGAUAAACAAAGAAAACAAUUAGAAAAGUCCAAUGCGGUUCGAAAUGCUACCAAUUCUACACCAGUAUCACCCAUUACGGACAGAAGGGCUUCAAAUGUUUCUGAUGCGUCAAGUGCAUCAGCAACAUUCAAAACCCACUUUUCUUCGAUGUCUGAAGAAGAACACCUCAAAUAUCUUCAACUCAAAACGCUUUCUACGACUAAUGUACACAGAAAUUUUCUUUUAAACAUGAAUGAACGUAUUCAAAAAGAGAGAGAGGAAUAUAUUAAAUGGCAAUAUGAUAGAGCUCAAACACGACUUUCGUUCUUAAAUCAAAAUAUAGCUGAUCAUGUAGAGCGUUUUUAUGAGCUUAUGUUUACAAUAGGCCUUGCACUUCCACCUCCAGGCCCUGGAGAACCUACAUUAAAGUUCAAGCAAACAAUAAAAGCAAAUUUUAGUCUUCAACCAUUAUCAAAACCAAUACCUAUAUCUAGGGUCAAAGAAUAUUGGGUACACGAUAAGGUUGCUGAUACGUUUAAUGCUAGCAAUCCAACUGAUUUGCUAAAUGGUUCGAAGCUAAACAACGACAUAGAAAAUGAUAUAAAUAAAACCCUAAUCAGCAAUGAUAACAAUGGCGGAAAAAAGACUGUUCCGCCUGCAGAUUAUUGGCAAAAAAUGUGUAUGCCAGCAGUUAGCAAAGAUCCAUUGAUUCAUUCAAUGGUAGCUCAACACAAAGUCGACGUAGUCAUAUCUUCAAGUGGACUUUGUGCUCUUGUGUCACUACAAGCAUCUUCAGAUGUCGAACUCGAGAUACCUAUUUGCGUUACUGAGUCUGAAGCAGUGGAAAAACACUUGACACCUAGGAAACGAAAUCAACUCUUUUACGAUGUGGCAUUUGAAAGUCUUGCUUUGAAACAAGGCAUUGAUAUUAAAAAUGUCUUACAUCCAUCAGAGGAAAGGACCAACGAUACAGAUGAUUCUGAGAAAUCAAAUGAUACUCAUUCAGGAAAUUUAUUAUAUAACCUUUGGAGUUUUGGUGAUAUAAAUAUGUUGAUACGUUGUAAAGCUCAUGGAUUUAUUCAAGAACCUGAUAUGGAUAAGAAAAUUCGUAUGGUAGGAAUAAAAACCAAAUUGGAAUACCAAUUGGAUGUUGGAUACGAAGAUAUCACAAAUCUUGAAAGAGCUCGCACUGAUAUUGAUAACAUAGACUUAUCAUCAUCAUCAUCAGUAACAGCCGAUAACAAUCCAUUAAUAAUUGUUCCCGAGGUCACAACACAUUUAUAUGACCUACAUAAAGCUCAUUCUCAAUCACCUCUUUUAGACUUGGAAACGAUACCAUUUAUACCACUACAAUGGAAUGGACCUCCUAAUCAAAUUCCUUCCACAUUUCCUAUUCGACCGACUGAUAAAAGACCUUUUUAUUGUUUUGAGUUUCUUAGAACUGGGAAUUGUAGCAAUUUAGAUGAUGAAAUAGAAGUGCAAAAAUCGCAAGUGCCUUCUAAGCAUAAAGCGCCAUCAGCGCCGAAGAAAUCAUCUAAAAAGAAAAAGCCCAAUACAGCGGACGAUCUUCUGUAUAUUGCAAAUAACAUAAUUGCACCAGAAAUUCAAGAUUUAGAUGACAUGUCCGUUAUAGAAAACAAGGAAUCUAGUGCUAAACCUGAUUUUGACGCAUUGCUAAAAGGAUUUAACCAAUAA